GGAUGGCAUUUUUGAUCAAUUUUGCGAGAUAGUGGCUUUCAAGCCAUUCUUCCCACUAGCCUCCAUCUCUCACCGUCACUGAUGAUGAUGACUGUAUCAUCAUCGACCUUCUUCACCAACUAAACUAAACUAUGAUCAUCAAAACUUUGGCUCAUCGCAUCUUUUUCCCCAAAUUAUCAUUACCCUUCUCUUCUCAUCACUUCCUCAGACUCUCACUCUCCGAUAAUCGGAAAUUCUCAGUGAUGGCCGGAGCUGGCGGCGACGACUUCGUCAAAGGAAACGUUUUUCCUAAUGGCGUCGCUCUCAUCACUCUCGAUCGCACCAAAGCUCUCAACGCCAUGAAUCUUGAUAUGGAUAUAAAGUACAAAAGCUUUCUUGAUGAAUGGGAAUCUGAUCCGAGAGUUAAAUGUGUUAUCGUUGAAGGCAGCACUCCUCGAGCCUUUUGUGCAGGGAUGGAUAUUAAAGGAGUUGCUGCAGAAAUCCAAAAGGACAAAAAUACGCCUCUUGUGCCAAAGGUAUUUACAGCAGAAUAUACUCUGAUAUGCGCUAUUGCUGGGUACAAAAAGCCAUAUAUCUCAUUGAUGGAUGGUAUAACAAUGGGAUUUGGCCUAGGUCUUUCUGGACAUGGUCGCUACCGUGUGAUAACAGAGAGGACAGUUCUUGCCAUGCCGGAAAAUGGAAUUGGCUUGUUCCCAGAUGUUGGGUUUUCAUAUAUAGCAGCUCACAGCCCUGGUGGAGGAUCUGUUGGUGCUUAUCUUGGUUUGACUGGAAAAAGGAUAUCCACACCAUCAGAUGCACUGUUCGUUGGUCUUGGAACGCAUUAUGUACCAUCUGAAAAGCUAGCUUCAUUAAAGGAAGCCAUUUUGUUAGCCAACCUUUCUGAGGAUCCUGAUCAAGACAUCCAAGCAACUUUAUCAAAAUACAGCGGCAAUCCUGAAUCUGAGGCCACCCUCAAAUUGCUUUUGCCUCAAAUAGAGUCAGCCUUUAACUCAAAUAAGUCUGUCAAGGAAACAAUAGAAGAGCUCAAAAAGUACCAGCAAAGCAAUGAGCCUUCAGUUGUAGAAUGGGCUAAUGAGGCACUCAAAGGUUUGGAAAAAGGAGCACCGUUUUCUCUUUACCUAACACAGAAGUACUUUGCCAAUGUUGCAUGUGCCAAGGGUAAAACUGUGAACGAAUUAACAACACUUAAUGGUGUGAUGAAAACUGACUAUCGCAUUGCACUAAGAUCUGCCUUGCGUUGUGAUUUUGCUGAAGGCGUUAGAGCAGUUUUGAUUGACAAGGAUCAGAACCCAAAAUGGAACCCGGCAAGCAUUGAAGAGGUAGACGAAAACGAGGUGGAAGCUCUCUUUAAACCAUUCAGUCCAGAAGUGGAAGAGUUAAAAGUGUGAUUAUCAUUUUGCUUUUCUCUGUUUAAAUUGUGUAGACAAAGUAUUCUAUGAAUAAACAAAUCUUUAGCCAUGAUGUGUUGAAGAAGCUUGUUACUGUAAAAACUAUUUAAUAAAACGGAACCUUUCUUUUCA